AUGUAUUCUUUAAUUGUAGCAAUGAAAACAACUUGGAGAAAGCUCAUAAGUUACGAAAAACUUUUCUUUUAUUUCAAUGCUUUGAUUGUGGUUGGUCAAGGCCGCCAAACUGGUUUUUCUUGUUUUAUUUAUGGAAUUUUAAUGAAUGAAACUUCAGGAAUUUUUUCAACGAAAUCACAAAAAAAGUGUUCAAGUUUUAGCAAACCUGCUAUCAAGGCUCCUGUUCCAGCAGCUACAGCAAAAGUUCGAAGAUUUCUCAUAUCUUAUGAUAUGCACAAACCAAAAGUUGAAGGAAGACUGAGCGAAAGAAAUCGUGUGUUGUAUCUUUUGAUUUCUUGA